AUGGCGCACGCGAUCUCGCCCCAAGAUCUGACGGAGAAAUUCAUUGCUCAAUUCACCGCCAAGUUGAAAAGCACCGACUUGGUCACUCUGCUCAGUAGCCAUCUUCAGCAGAAGGAUGCCGACUCACGCAUUCUGCACAUCGACCCGUCGGUAUUGGAGUUGCACCUCGAGCUCCUGGCCUACGAGAAUGCCAUCAAAGUCGCGUGCACCUUCCCGACCAAGCUUGCAGAGAGACUGGCCCAGCGACAGGGAAACGUCCCAAAUCAAAGGAGUCAAAACCACCAUGCAGUCCCGGGUCGCACGACUGAGCAACACGUCAACGGCGGCAUUUUGAAGCCAGAGCCUUAUCAUGCACCGGCUCUGGAUACGGUUCAGACAGCCAAAGCCCCCGUCAACAGCACCUCCACGAAGAACGAGCCAGAUCAGACAUUGUAUUUCACGGGCAAGGAGGCAACAAGGCAGUCUGGAAGAGAGGAAGCCAAGAAAUCCACAUCUCGACCAGAUAGCAACGCCCGCGCUUCACUCAACCAUGAAGCCUCACGGCCAAAUAUGAACACGGCACCAAGUCCAGGCCCAGCGAACGGCCACAGGCCCGGUCCCACGAGCUACUAG